GCUGGCAGUCUGGAGAAGGGAGCCGAGGAGGAGAAGCAGGACUGUGCAGAUCAGAGGGGUCCUGCACAUCCCCCCCCCCUCCUCCUCCUCCCAAUAGUCAUAGGGGACAAGGUGUGAGGGGCUUAUAGAUAUAUACAGUGACACAGCCUGGGAGAGGGGAGCAGCCGGCAAAAAUGGGCAACCGAGGGAUGGAAGAGCUGAUCCCGCUGGUCAACAAGCUCCAAGAUGCCUUCUCUGCCAUCGGACAGAAUGCCAACCUGGACCUGCCCCAGAUCGCUGUAGUCGGGGGUCAGAGUGCUGGCAAGAGCUCGGUCCUGGAGAAUUUCGUGGGCAGGGAUUUUCUGCCUCGUGGAUCUGGAAUUGUCACCCGUAGACCACUUGUUCUGCAGCUGGUGAAUAGCCCUACAGAAUAUGGGGAGUUUUUGCACUGUAAGGGGAAAAAGUUCACGGACUUUGAAGAGAUCCGGUUGGAAAUUGAGGCGGAAACUGACAGAGUCACCGGGACUAACAAGGGCAUCUCUCCUGUGCCAAUAAACCUUCGGGUAUAUUCUCCAAAUGUGCUUAACCUGACCCUUGUCGACCUCCCGGGUAUGACCAAAGUCCCAGUAGGUGACCAACCUGUGGAUAUUGAGGCUCAGAUCCGUGAAAUGCUCAUGCAGUUUGUUACCAAGGAGAACUGCCUCAUUCUUGCCGUAUCGCCUGCUAACUCUGAUCUGGCAAACUCUGAUGCCUUGAAAAUCGCCAAAGAAGUGGAUCCCCAAGGGCAGCGCACAAUAGGUGUCAUAACCAAACUAGAUCUGAUGGAUGAAGGGACUGAUGCUAGAGAUAUUUUGGAAAAUAAAUUAUUACCCUUGCGAAGAGGUUACAUUGGAGUGGUAAACAGAAGUCAGAAGGACAUAGAUGGCAAGAAGGAUAUCCAAGCUGCUUUAAGUGCUGAAAGGAAGUUCUUCUUGUCCCACCCAUCUUACCGACAUCUUGCUGAACGCAUGGGGACCCCCUACUUACAGAAAACUCUCAAUCAGCAAUUGACCAAUCACAUCCGGGACACUCUGCCAGCGCUGCGCAACAGGCUGCAGGGCCAACUUCUCUCCAUUGAGAAGGAAGUGGAUGAGUACAAGAAUUUCCGUCCAGAUGACCCAGCUCGUAAAACCAAGGCUCUUCUCCAAAUGGUGCAACAGUUUUCUGUGGACUUUGAGAAACGCAUUGAAGGCUCCGGGGAUCAGAUCGACACUUACGAGCUUUCUGGUGGUGCAAGAAUUAAUCGAAUCUUCCAUGAACGUUUUCCUUUUGAGUUGGUGAAGAUGGAGUUUGAUGAGAAGGACCUGAGAAGGGAGAUCAGCUACGCCAUCAAGAACAUCCAUGGCAUAAGAACUGGGCUCUUCACACCUGACAUGGCCUUUGAAACCAUCGUCAAGAAGCAAGUGAAGAAGAUCAAAGAGCCGUCCAUGAAAUGCGUCGACAUGGUCAUUUCCGAGCUUAUCAGUACGGUUAGACAGUGCACCAAGAAGCUAAGUCAGUACCCACAUCUACGGGAGGAGAUGGAGAGGAUUGUCACCACACACAUCCGGGAGAGAGAGGGGCGCACAAAAGACCAAGUUAUGCUGCUGAUUGACAUUGAACUUGCCUACAUGAACACAAACCAUGAAGAUUUCAUUGGCUUUGCUAAUGCGCAGCAGAGGAGCAGCCAAAUGAAUAAGAAAAAAGCAUCCGGGAACCAGCAAGAAGAGAUCUGCAGCCUAAAUGUAACACAUUUAAGAUUAUGUGAGGUCAUUCGGAAGGGUUGGCUCACCAUCAACAACAUUGGGAUCAUGAAGGGAGGCGCCAAGGAGUAUUGGUUCGUUCUAACUGCAGAGAACCUGUCCUGGUACAAGGAUGAUGAGGAGAAGGAGAAGAAGUACAUGUUGCCCCUGGAUAACCUGAAACUGAGGGAUAUCGAGAAAGGAUUUAUGUCCAGCAAACAUAUCUUCGCCUUGUUCAACACAGAGCAAAGGAACGUUUACAAGGAUUAUCGUCAACUAGAGUUGGCCUGUGAGACCCAGGAGGAGGUGGACAGCUGGAAGGCCUCGUUCCUACGAGCCGGUGUUUACCCAGAGAGAGUUGGGUCUAGUGAGUCCGAGGAGAAUGGUUCUGACAACUUCAUGCACUCUAUGGAUCCUCAACUAGAGCGGCAGGUGGAGACCAUCCGUAACCUGGUGGAUUCCUACAUGGGCAUCGUCAACAAGACCAUCCGGGAUCUCAUGCCCAAAACUAUAAUGCAUCUCAUGAUCAAUAAUACAAAAGAUUUCAUCCACUCGGAGCUCCUCGCCAACCUGUACUCGUGCAGCGAUCAGAAUACGCUAAUGGAAGAGUCGCCAGAGCAGGCACAACACAGGGAUGAGAUGUUGCGCAUGUAUCACGCUCUGAAAGAAGCCUUACAUAUCAUUGGUGACAUCAACACGACAACUACGAGCACCCCUAUGCCUCCACCCGUAGAUGACUCUUGGCUACAGGUGCAGAACGUACAAACAGGGCGCAGGUCUCCUACAUCAAGCCCUACUCCACAAAGGAGAGCACCCGCUGUACCUCCUGCCAGACCUGGCUCACGAGGACCAGCACCAGGUCCACCUCCACCUGGCACCACACUUGGGAGCGCACCACCAGUUCCUUCCAGGCCUGGGGCAUCCCCAGAUCCCUUUGGUCCACCUCCCCAGAUUCCCUCUAGGCCCAAUCGUGCCCCUCCUGGUGUCCCUAGAAUAACUAUCAGUGACCCAUGAGGAACACUCGUCACGCAGGAAGGCUCCCGCUUCACCUACACGACCCACCAUUAUCCGACCUGCCGACCCGUCCCUCUUAGAUUAAAAAAAACAUGGAGACCUGGCUGCCGAACACAGCUUUCUCCCCCAUUUCUUCUCCCAAAAUCCCCUCCCACCAUCACACCGAUUCCGGGCAUGGUGAAAAAAUGUACCCCCCCCCCAUCCCCCCCAUCCCACUGUUUUGUAAACACUGGCUCAGUGUCACUAUGUAUUGUAUUGUACAGAUGUGUAGUAUCGUCCCUUUUGCAGCGCCAUAUUGUGAUGUUUAAACACCUGCUAUGUCUGGUUGAUUAUAUAGAUAUAUAUAUAAAUAUAUAUAUUUUCUUUUCUUGCUUCCCACCCGCCUCCCACAAUGGCCGCUGCACAUCCUUCCACCAGCUUACAGGAAUGAUCUCAUUGUGUCUCAUGCUAUUCUGUUCUGUACGAUUUUUCUUCAUCUUUUGUAUGGAAAAAGGAUGUUGAUCAGAUUAGAGCCAUUGCUGGGAAAAAAAAAAAAAAAGAAGACUCUCCGCAGUCUUCCCCUACCUCCUUGUCUGGCGAAUCAUUUUGUCAUAUUCUGUGUGUUCUGUCGCCCUCUUGUGGUCCUGUUAAUGUAUUACAUCCUCUUCUUGAUCCACGCUAUUGUAAAUUUUCCAUUCCCAUUGAAUAAAGAUGAGUGGGGAGGG